AGGGCCGGGAAGCUCCGGCGGGGGUCCUCCUCUCCCGGCUCUCCAUCGCCUCUUUAAGGCUUCUCCUCUCCCACCUCCUCCGCCGUCAGAGCGCUCCGCGUUGCCGCUGAAACGCCCGCCCUGCCCUGCCCGUCGCUUCUCUCCUCCUCACUGCCGGGCGCGGAGCCGCCGCUUCUGCCAGAGAGGUCCGCCGAAGAGGAGGCCAGGACGCGGAGAGGAGGAGGAGGAGGAGGAGGAGGCUCUUCCAGGCAGGCCAUCCGCAGGCCAUCCCGGGCUCCCCUCCCUCGGCUUCCUCCUCCGCUGCCGCUGCUCCUGCGGGGCCGGGCGGGCGCCUCUCGCGGCUCGUCGGGGGCAGGUGCUGGUGCUGCUGGUGGUGAUGUGAUCGGCGGCGCGUCCCUGGGGGCGCCCUCCCCGCCGGGAGCCGCAGCAAGACGGAGCGGGCGGCGGAGCACCGGGCCAAGGGCCGCGCCCCCAUGAAGGAGAAGGAGAAGGAGAAGGAGGCGGCGGCAGCGGCGGGCGGGGAGCGGGGCAAGCCGGCCACCUACACCGGGGACAAGAAGGCGCGCAUGGCGGCCAAGACCAACAAGAAGUGGGUGCGCCUGGCCACCGUGCUGGCCUACGUCCUCUCCGUCUCGCUGGCCGCCAUCGUCCUGGCCGUCUACUACAGCCUCAUCUGGCAGCCCGUGCGCGGCGGCGUCCAGCAGCACGCCCAGCCCCAGCCCCCCGGGACGGCCGACCCCGGCCCGGGCCUCGCGUCCCCCGCCGACCACGCCGCGGUCUCGACGGUGCCGGAUGAGGGGGGCACCACCGCGGCCACGGAGAGGUCCCGCGCCGCCGCGCACUAGCCCCCCGCCCGCUCACCCGUCCCGUGGGGCCUCCCAGCCGGUCGGAGGUGAAGGACCAGAGCCAGAUCGCCCGGCCAGUGGGCCAAGCAAGGACCCUGCCGCCCCUUCCCCCGCCUGGCUUCCUGGGACGCGGCGGAUCUCCCGCUCUGGACUGAGGAACGCGAGGAGACUUGAACCGUUUUUCUUCUUGUGGUAUCCACUGACUUUCCUGGCUAUGGACUCGAGCAGAGGGAAGAAAAAACUGUAAUGAUUUUAGUUUCUACAAAUGCGCUUUAUUAAUCAGUAAAUUAUUAUUUUGGGAGGGGGGUGGGUGGGGAGCCACUUGGAAUGGAGCUCAGGUAUGUCAGCCUAGCUGAAAUGUACCCAAAUGCAUUUCCUUUGUAUUCUUGUGUAUAGAUUCUUUGUAUACAGAUACACUUAGUUAAUGCUUAGAGAAGAGUUAUAUUAUCUAUAUUCUGUACACACAUGUACACACAUGUACACACAUGUACACACACACACACACACAAGAUUGCUGAGUGAUGCUUAAAGGGCUAUUGGGGGAACCUUGCUUUGAUAGUCACAGCUAACCUGGGGCAGAAAGGAAUGCCUCUUGCAGAAGAUGCAGGGGUGGGGGCUGAUUUGCCCCUCAGCUUUAUUAUUCCUUGGUUGGCAUAUAUUUUGUUAAACUCUGACUUCUGUAUUUUAAGCAGAAUUGGUUAGGUUUCAUCUUCUGCUGUGAACAGAAAUGGAUUCCUGAGGUUUUACUGCUCCCAUGUACACCUCUAGCUUUGUUGCUGUGCUUCGUUAGAGGGUAAAGCUUUGGAGAAACCAUGCCUAGGCUGAAGGCACCUGAUUCUGUACUCAUUUUAUUGCUUCCCUUCUGUUUCCACUGCAUGUUAUAAUUGCUCAUAUAGGCCAAUCCUGAAUCUUGGGCACAAAGACUACUGUUUUCAGUGCUUGGGGAUGCCCUCCUUAAGGUUGCAGUCCCCAGUCUGUUGAUGUCAUCAUUCCGAGUGCAGUUGGUGUUCUCAUACAAGAAUGUGGAAGCAGCAAACCUUUGGGAACCCCAGAACUUGUCUUCUGCUCCUUUCAUGCUUAUUCUUUAGGUGUUCUUGGAACUAUUGCUAGAGCUCCAGAAAAAAGGGAGCUGAACUCAGCUGAAGACCAACUUACCAUUACUGCAAAUGCAGGCCUUCCUCUGGUAUAUCUCUGGUUAGACCAGUGCUUAGACAGGUGGUGCAUCAACCUUCUGAUGCAUUCAUCUUCAGUUGCACAGUUUCUUAAGAAAGGCUUGGAGCCAUAGUUUUCAUAGCACUGAUGCUGAGCUUCUCUUUUCCUGCUCUUUUCCUAAUGAGAAAAUGUUGGUGUGCAAAUUGCCGGUGAUCAUGGUUUUGUUGAAUCCCAUGAGAGCAGGGGAUGAUUGGAGAGGCUAAAAGCUACUGCCUAUGCAUAGGUGGCAUUCAGGCUAGCUUUAAUUUCUCCCCCCCACACACACACACACAGAUGCACGCAUGCAGGUAGUGGCCUUGUAGUUGUCCAGAUCAGUUUCAGAGAAGGCUGAGCCUUUUGAUAAUAGUGAGGUCUCGGAUCUUUAGAAAGAGUUGCUUCAUAUAGUACAUUUUUUCCCUGUAGGGAGCUCGGUCUUCAUGUAGGAGAAAAGCAUAUACGCUAAGAGUCUUGGGGCAUACUAACAGAUAUAUCACUAGAUAUGUUUUCAUGAGCCAAAGAAACUGUGUGAGUGAACGCUUCUACAACAUGUUUGUUGUAUUUAAGGAGUGACAACAUUCUCUGUUGCUUUGCUUCCACAGACUAACAUGGCUACCCCUCUGGAGUACAUGCCCUGUAAUUGUUGAAUUGCUGUGCAGACUUCUGAGGAUCAGGCAAAGAUGGGUGCAUAUCAGCUAGCUGAUCUGUGAACUUGCAGGAAAAAAAACCCCAUCUUCUCAAUGUGGGUCAGCACUAUAGGGCUGUCUGCUUUUUCCUUCAAGGAUAUUAAUUUCUCAAUGGAGAAUUCUAAAGUAUAAAGUAGCCCUACAUCCACUGUGCAGAUGGGAAUUUCGGAUGUGAUUUCCUGUGAGCAUGGACAGCAGCUUACUACCCUCCUAACCACAGAAAUAAUCUGGUAUUGUCUUCAUAGAUGUUCUGUGGCAACUUUUUUUCUUGCUCCUUUUUAAGUAAGUGAGCUUUUAGCUGCUUCUGUCUGACAGAAUCUGGGAACUGAAGUGACAAACUAAAAAAUACAGAAACAAAACCCAGAUGCUUUGCAAUUGCAGACUCCGGUGGGGAGAUAUGGGUCCAGAGGCUUUUGAGGGGAAAGUGCACACCCACAGUGUGGGGAAUAAGUAGCCCUGAUAUGUUUUAAAAAAAUACAUAAAAACACAAAUCCUCUGUUUUAUUUGUUCAACUACAUAGCAAAAUAAAUGUCCUGAGAGAUUUUUAGUAAUUGUUUUAAAAUAUGCUAUACGGUUAAAGCGUCUAAUCAGAAAUUAUAUUCUGAAAGGACAAAUGCAAAAGAGCAAAAUUAAAAUGUUGGCAAAAUUGUUUCCGUGUUAGGCUGACAUGAAAACAAUUUUGCCCACAUUUUCAUUUGCUCUUUCUGAGCAUUUGACCAUUCAGAAUAUAAUGCCUGAUUAGAAGCUUUAACCAUACAUAUUUUUAAUUGGGCUGACAAGCCUCUAGCUUGCUGAUUUGAGGGUAACUGAACAUCAGACUUAAAAUUUUUAAAUUUAAAGUUGUAAACAUGCUGUAAUGUUGUCUAUAUCUAAUUCAGCCAUGUAAGCUAUGUCUGUAUUCAGAAGUUCUGUAUAUUUUUAAAAAAAUAUUUUUAAGGUAAAAAAUACAUUGAGAGAUUUCUGCUUAAAA